AUGGGUAUAGUGUAUGAAGCAAUGUUACGGAGAGGCUACAUAGAAAAAUGGAAAUCGGAGGGAUAUAGCUUUGAAGCAAUGGAUCAUAAAAAUAAUUUCAGAGAUCCAGAAUCCAGAAAUUUACAACACAGAUUUACCGACGAAGAACACGAAGAUGUCAGAGACGAAUGUAGAAGAUAUAACAACAUACAGGAUGAUUACGAAAGAGAGGAGCAUAGAGACUAUAGAUGCUAUGACUAUGAUGAAUCGUAUAUGAUCAAUGACAAUUUCGAAACAAAUCAAUACCAAAAUAAUUAUAACGUUAGGCGAGAUGUGCACAGGAUGGAAAAAAGUGAUUAUGAACGAGGUUUUGAUGAUAACAUGGAUUACGAGGAUCGAUACAACUACCAAGAUGCGAAUAACCAAUGCAGCAUGUAUGAACCAAAUACACAGAAUAAUUACUACGAACCAAUUGGCGAAAAAUGGCAAAUAAGAAACCAACAACAAAGUGAACAAUUUAAUAGAAGGAUCUAUGACAAUAAAGAAUUUGAUUACCAAAAUAGGAACACGGAUUUAGAAGAACAUUGGCAAAAUACGGACAUGACAUCACAGGGCUAUGAAAGAGAAAAUUUUAAUAACAGAAAUCAGUAUUUUCAAGAUUAUAACACUAAUUCCAGAAGAUACAACGAACAACAGAAAAUUUAUAGAAGAUUAUGUAAUCGACAGGAACCAUCUUUCAACAAUGAUUAUUAUAGAAGAGAUUAUUUUAUAAACAAACGUAAAUUUAAUAGAGAACUGGAUGAAGAUUUCGUAAUACCACCAGUUAUAUUCAGGGAAUCGCUAACACACAUAAACCUUGUAAAGGAUACAGAACAAUGGGAUCAUAACAUAUCACCUUCUAUAAAUGAACUACAACCUGCAAUUGAAAGUGAAGAAUCCAGCGACAAAAAAUCCAUUCACAGUAAAGAAAAGCCUUUGGAAGAAGAACAAAUAGUGGAGUACAUGAAUCCUAUUAUGGACAGUUCCAAUGAUGAGGAAGAUAUCAGCAUCAGUGAAGAACUUCAAGAAAAGGAAAUGAAAGAAUUUUUGGAUAAUGAAAUGUUUGAAGACGAUGAAGAAAAUAAGGAGGACACUUUACAAAAAUCUGAUUCGGAAAGACUCUACUUUACAAUGGAGUCAAAGAAAGAAGACAAAUUAAACAACCAUGCUUGUCCUAUUAACAAAGUUUUACAACCAGAAAAUGAUAUUUCGAAUUUCAAAGUUAACCAUAAACUAAAUGAAAUAAAAUCAGAUAAAAAAAUUAACAAAAAAAUUAUCGAGAAAAAUAAAGAACUUUCAGAUAUUAUACAGGUCAACAACGAAAAUGUCUUAAUCAUAGAUAAUUCAUAUUCACUAAUAGAACAUAUGAAUUCGGACAACUCUAUGACAAAACUAAGAAAAGGAAAACCCCCUGGUAAAAUCAAAUCUAUAACUCAAGAAAAAUUAAGUAUCAAAAAUGAAGAAGGAAGUAAAGAAGAAAAAUUUAGUGUUCAAGUGUCAAAUGCAGAUGUAAUCAUUUCAACAAAUACUUAUGCUGAGAUAGAAGAAUUUAUCAUAAAUAAGAUUCUGUCAUCUGGAAAAAGUUUAAAUCAAGAAAUUUUAGAAAUGAUAGAAUAUUAUAUCUCAAUACACGACCAAUUAUCAAGAACACAUCAAAAAUAUUUUUGGGAUACAUUUUUACUCGACACAAAUGAGAAAAAUGAAGUUAUCUACAAAUUCGAAGAGAAUGAAAUACUACAAAGUAAAAUACCAAAAAUAGUAGUAACAAAAAUUCCCUUCAAUAGGUUAGGUAUUGGUUAA